AUGCCACUUUCCUCACCUACUUCCCUCUCGUCCGACGACCCAACAGAGCCUCCAGCACUCGCCUCAGUCGACGGACGGAAAGACGCCACACACGACUGCGAAGUCUUGGAGAGCACCCCACAGACCGUUCCGCUUGACACUACCUCAAGCACGACUCCAGGGGCUUCUGUUCCUGUAUGCUCGCAUUUCAUAUCUGGGACCUGUCGGUUUGGAGAUCAAUGUCGUCUCUCGCACUCACUGCAGCCUGCAGCCCCAGUGUCGUUUACUACCUUUGGCGCGUGCAAGUUCUUCCAGCUGGGCCGCUGCUCAAAGUCGGAUUGCCCCUUUCCCCACGUCGAACAGGCGCCCACGUCAUCUACCUUUGCGUAUCCCCGCCUUCUGAAGUCCCCGGUCUUCGUACCGGAUAUCAAAGCCGCGGAUCCUAACGCAUCUCUACCACCAGAGCCACCGAGCAUCAUCACUCAGCCAGUGUAUGAUGAGCUUGCUCUACCUACGGUCGAACUCUUGGACGUGGAAAGAGUUAUGAUGGGCUGCAAGGUGUCAUUCGGCCCUGGUGCUGUCGUCCUUUCGCUGACGACGGCAUUCGAAUCCGCCAUCCUACUCGUCUCAAAUAUUCCCGAUGAUGCCUCUCGGGAGACGUUGAUGACUUUGCUCGAGACCUUUGGGGAUAUUCGCACGUUUUCUCGCGAGCCGGGGAGCGACUCAGCCCGCGUUGAGUUCUCUAAUCCACGACAGGCUGCGAGUGCCAUAGAAGGCCUUACGGAUAGCCGAGUCGGAUCUCGGUCUGUAUCUCUCUCCGCCAAGUUUGAGCUAGGCGCCGUACAGGUUGGCGUUGCGACGCUUCGAAGCACGAAGGUCAAGCUCAGCUUCUUCGCACCCUCCUUCCUUGGAUAUGCACACUACGACAGUGUCACCAAAGCUCGCAAUGAGGCUAAGAGGCUGGAUGCGAUGGUUUUCGAGGGUGCGACCAUCCGGGCGGCGUUUCAGGCACCCUCUCGGACGCAAAGGAGCUCCUUCUCAGUGGUUCUCAAGGGUCUUCCUGGUCGGAUACGCUCGGGAGACGCGAAGAUCAGACAACAUCUCGUCGCCUUCACUCAUGCCGACAGUAUUACUAUCGGACCUCCUACGUAUCACCUUUCCGACAACGUGGUCACAUCCAUACGCACUUCCCUCGAAAGACACGGCCGCCUCGAAUCGUUCGACCUGUCACCCCAGCGAGGGUCGAAGAUUGCAGCUUGGGCCCAGUUUGCAUCGUCCGACUCCGCUGCUCAGGCAGCUGUCGAGCUACACGGAAAGCCGCUUCGCCGUCUCGGCAAGAGCCCGGUGUGGGUCGAGCAAGUUCACGCCCUACGCUUCUCGCUGCCGAGAGCCCAGUUCCUCGUGGUCAAGGACGAGCUGGACCGCCUUUCCGCCACUGUCGAUGUCGCGAGCAAGUUGCGAUACUACGAGUUCGAUCAGGAAGGUGCCGUGGCCGACCCUGUUGUCCUUCGCUUGUACAGUUCCGACGCGAAAUCGCUCGCGCGUGCCAAGGCAACGUUGGACACCAUUCUUCAGGGAGAAAGGGUCCUCGGUGCACAAGAUACUGUCAUUUGGGACGACAUGUUCUCUACUGAGGAAGGCCGUGUUCUCCUGAAUGAAGUGCACAGGAGCACAUCGGCUUACGUAGAGUGCAACACGCGCUCACGCCUUCUCCGGCUACAUGGUCAGCCCCGCGCUCGUUCUGAGGCUCGACUGAUGCUCCUGCGGCUCUUGGAGGAAGCGCAUGAGCGCAAUCAUAUCAUCCCCGUCGAAAGGAAUAUCCUACGUUCUCUCCUAUCAGGUGGAUUUAGGGACUUGCAGAAGGAGGCGAAAGGCUGUGAACUUCAGCUGGAUAUCGUGCGCAGGACGAUCACACUUCGUGGGGAUGCAGUCGCAGUGGCCGCUGUCAGACGCGCUAUUGAUCAGCUCGCGCGCGGGAAAGCCAUCAUUUCUGCUCCAGUGGGCGAGCAUACCUCGAUCUGUCCCGUUUGCUUCUGCGAGAUCGAGGGGAAACCCAUAGUUUUGACUUGCGGUCACGCGUAUGAUGCCGACUGUCUCCGCCUAUUGGCGCAGUCUUCAAGCAGCUCGUCGGACUUCAAGCCUCUGCUCUGCGUUGCAGAGCUUAGCCCUUCGGGGACACCGAAGACAUGCGCCACAGCCAUAUCAUUCGCGCAGAUUCGCGAGCUACUUGGCCCAGAAGACGAGUCUCGUCUUCUCGAAGCAUCCGCGCGCGCUCAUAUCAGCUCUCAUCCUGAUGAGUUCCACUAUUGCCCUACGCCAGACUGUGAAGUUAUCUACCGUCCUGCUCGCGCGGGAACAUUCAUUCGUUGUACUUCCUGUCUAGUCCUCGUAUGCGCACAUUGUCAUGUCGAGGAGCACGCUGGCCUUUCGUGCGCGGAGCACAAAGACAGUCUUCGACCCCACGCGGAACUCUUCGCGCGCUGGAAGCUCGAGAACGGCGUCAAAUCUUGCCCCAGGUGCUCUGCGGACAUUCAGAAGAACGGCGGUUGUAACCAUAUUACAUGCGCGAGCUGCAAGAUACACAUCUGCUGGGUCUGUAUGAAGACGUUCGAUGAUCAAGAUAUGAGCGGAGGUGUAUAUAACCAUAUGCGGAAGACUCAUGGGGGGUUUGGUGGAUAA